CCUGUGUGGCCACCCCCAACUCAUGAACCUCCAGCUCUCCUCUCGCUCUCCACCCUUGGCGGCCCAUCUGUCGAUUAACCAUGCUCCAAAAUGCCUUUUUCAAAAUAUCCCUAGUCUCCACCGUCUUGUUAAGCGUGGUGGUGAACCCCCUUCCAUCUCCAAUGCGGGAACAGACACAUCUCACCAACCGCCGCAACUCGUCUACCACUCCGAUAUCCCAGAGCCUAUUUGACGAGUUCGAGGAGUUGUCCAGAAUUGUAGACAUCUCUUACUGUGUUGGCUCACUAAACACCGGUGUCGAACGGCCAUUUGAAUGCCUUUCAUACUGCAAGAACUUUCCAACGUUUGAACUUAGACAGACUUGGAAUACUGGUGUAACGCUUCAAGACUCUUGCGGAUACGUAGCGCUCUCGCAUGCCCCCGCGCUUCCCCGCAUCAUCGUCGCAUUUCGGGGAACGUACUCGAUCGCAAACGCUAUUGCCGACCUGUCCUUGACGAAGCAGGAGUAUGUCCCAUAUCCAUCUAGAGACCGGCAAGAAAAAUGUGAAGGAUGCCGUGUACAUUCCGGAUUCUACGAGAGUUGGACCCAGAGCGAGGCUAUUAUCGGAGAUAUUGUGGAUGAGCUGGUUAGGGAGUAUCCGGGGUAUAAGCUCACGUUGGUCGGACACUCACUUGGGGGUGCUAUUGCUGCGCUCGCCGGAUUGGAUUUUAGGGGCAGAGGAUAUAACCCAAUAGUUACAACAUUUGGAGAACCAAAGGUUGGGAAUAGUGCCCUUGCUGGUUUCCUCAAUAAGAAAUUCACCACUGACACUUACCGCCGGGUCACACACAUUCACGAUCCGGUCCCUCUUGUCCCCUUGACUCAAUGGAAUUACUCUCAACAUGCCUACGAAUACUACAUUUCCGCGCCCCAACUCCCCUACACACGGGAAGAUAUUCAUUUGUGUGAGGGGAGUGAAGAUGCAAGCUGUGUUGCAGGUGGCAACCCGAAUGCCCUACAGUUAUUCUGGGCGCAUAGAGAUUAUUUCCAUAGGAUGGGGUUAUGCGUGCCCGAGGAUUCUUUCCUGAGGAGGAUUAGGCUUUGGGAUAGCGUGGCGGAGAAUGAAUUGUGAUUGGACUCCUCGACUUAGUUGUAUUUACGGCUCGUCCAGGUUCUGAGGAUUCGGGUGAAUAGGUGUCAACAGUUCUCUUACGAGGCUGUUUAGGCGGGUAUGAUUCUUGUACUGGUAGUAGGCGUUUUUUUUUGUAACCUUAUGGCGAAUAGGUCUAUUUUUCCCUGCUCAAUUCCGUAUCAAUUGUGAA